UAAAGGCCGACAGCGGUCGCCCGUACCGUGACGCCGGGAACGUGGUCGCCAUGAUCAGCUUCAUGCUCGCGGCUGUGUGGAGGUAAACGGUCUGACAAAGCCGCGCUCAGAGCCCGAGAGAGAGCCAGAGCGGAGCCGCGGCGCCGCAGCGCUCAGCCCGCCUGACUGCAGCCGCCCGGGUACAGCGGGAGUGAAGGGAGCCGGGCGCGGGACUGGGGCAGGACUGAGUUCGGGUGAUGGCGUCUGCCACCGAGGGCAGUGUGGACUCCAAAGCGGAGUUGACUACUCUGCUGGAGCAAUGGGAAAGAGAACAACAGGGCAGCACUCAGGACCUGGUCACCAUACUCACCAAAAUCUCUGAGUUGGUCGAGAGAGAGACGGAGGAGUAUCACAAGGCUGAUCCUGAUCCGUUUGAUGAUCGUCAUCCUGGAAGGGCAGACCCAGAGUGCAUGCUGGGACACUUGUUGAAGAUCCUGUUUAAGAAUGAUGACUUCAUGAAUGCGUUGGUGAACUCGUACGCCAUGACAAGCAGAGAAGUCUCUCUGAACACCUCAGCCUGCAGACUGCUGCUGAACAUCAUGCCAGGUCUGGAGACUGCAGUGGUCUUUCAGGAAAAGGAGGGGAUUGUAGAGCGCUUGUUUAAAUGGGCCCGGGAGGCAGAGGAUCCUCUGAGGAUCUAUGCUACAGGUCUUCUUGCAGGGGCUAUGGAAAACCAGGACAUUGCUGCCAACUACCGUGAAGAGAACUCUGUGCUGGUUCCCCUUAUGCUGCAGAGACUUCGAGAGCUCCAGGAAAAAGAUGCUGAAACCCGAAAGGAGUUUAAGCGGCCCAGCCCCCGCAAAAGCCUGGAGCCCCUCCUACCUGUAGACGAGGAGGCGGUUGAUGGAGAGUUCUCUGCCAGCAACCCUCCCAGCCCCUCCAACAAAGAUUCAGAACAGAACAACUUUGUGCACGAUUCGGAUGUUGAGAUCCCCUCCCAGCCGAGUUCCACUCAGAAAAUCAGCGGGAGAGCCAAUUUGAGUGUCAAAGGGUUGAUGAAACCUGCCUCGACCCUUCAGUCAGAAUCGGAUGAGCCGGAUGGCCCUGGUGAGGGAGUGAGGGAUUGGAGGAAGAGGUCAGAAAGAGAGAACGGAAGGAAAGCUAAGCAGAAGCUCAAUUUCUCACUGCCAGAGCCUGAGCGCAGUUUCAGCGAGCUCUCCAACAGCAGCUGGUCGGAGAUGAGUCCGUGGGUAAUCGGGAACAACUAUCACCUUUACCCCCUGACUCCAGGCAUAGAGCAGAGGCUGAUUCUGCAGUACCUCACGCCACUGGGAGAGUAUCAGGAGCUGUUGGCUGUGUUCAUGCAGCUUGGUGCUCGGGAGCUUCUCAUGCAUUACAUGGACCUCAAACAGACCAAUGAUGUUCAGCUAACCUUUGAGGCACUCAAGUAUCUAGCUUCUCUCUUGCUGCAUAAGAAGUUUGCUGCAGAGUUCGUGGCUCAUGGUGGAGUGCAGAAGCUUCUGGAAAUCCCACGACCCUCCAUGGCUGCAACAGGAGUUUCACUGUGUCUCUAUUAUCUAGCCUACAAUCAAGAUGCCAUGGAGAGGGUGUGUAUGCUGCCCCCCUCUCUUCUUGCUGAAGUGGUGAGUUACACUCUGUGGCUGUUGGAGUGUUCUCACGCCUCCGGCUGCUGCCAUGCCACCAUGUUCUUCUCCAUUUGUUUCUCCUUCCGAGCUGUGCUUGAUCUGUUCGACAAGCAAGAUGGGUUACGGCGUCUCGUUAACCUGAUAAGCACGCUGGAGAUCCUAAACCCAGAAGACCAGGGGGCACUUUUAAGUGAUGAUGAGAUUUUCUCCAGUAGACAGACAGCCAAGCACACCUGCAUGGCUCUGCGCAGGUACUUUGAGGCACACUUGGCUAUAAAGGUGGAGCAAGUCAAGCAGUCUUUGCAGCGCACUGAGGGAGGAGCACCUAUACAUCCCCAGCCGUAUUACAAGCCUUGCUCCUACACUCACGAUCAGGUGGUUGAGAUGGUGGAGUUCCUGAUGGAGUAUGGUCCAGUACGCCUGUACUGGGAGCCUGCGGAAGUCUUCCACAAACUGUCCUGUGUGCAGCUCCUACUGCAGUUAAUCUCCAUUGCCUGCGAUUGGAGAACUUACUAUGGCAGGAGUGACACAGUGCGGUAUGCGUUGGACAUUCUCAGCAUCCUGACUGUUAUUCCAAAAACACAGCUCCUUUUGGCUGAGAAUGUAGCUGUGCUGGAUGAAGGUGGUUCUACUAUAUCGACAGUAGGCAUGAGCAUCGUGCUGGUCGUAGCUGAGGGCGAGGUAUUUGUGAACGAUGCAGAAAUCCAGAAGUCAGCUCUACAGGUGGUGAUCAACUGUGUGUGUGCUCCAGACAAGCGUGUGUCCAGCAUAGGCAAGUUCAUCUCCGGGACUCCGCGCCGACGCUUGCCCCAGCCGCACCGCCCCAGCGAGAGUGUCUUGGCCAAAAUGUGGAAUGUGGUCCAGUCCAACAAUGGCAUUAAGGUCCUGUUGUCUCUGCUCACUGUCAAAAUGCCAAUCACCGACGCAGACCAGAUUCGAGCACUCUCGUGCAAAGCGCUAGUCGGCUUAGCACGUAGCGCCACUGUGCGGCAGAUCAUCAGCAAGCUGCCUCUGUUCAGCAGUGGACAGAUCCAGCAGCUGAUGAAGGAGCCUGUGCUUCAGGACAAACGCAGUGAGCACGUGCGGUUUUGCAAAUACGCGGCUGAGCUCAUAGAGCAAGUGUCUGGGAAGCCGCUGCUAAUCGGUACGGAUGUUUCCUUGGCACGGCUGCAGAGGGCUAACGUUGUGGCACAGUCACGCAUUACGUUCCCUGAAAAGGAGUUGCUGCUGCUCAUUCGGAACCAUCUGAUGUCAAAAGGCCUUUCUGACACUGCUUCUGCGCUCACCAAAGAGGCUGACCUGCCUAUGGCCAUCCACACACAUUCACACACUCACACUAGUGUAGUAGCAUCAUUCACACCGGUCACAGUAGCAACUCCACCUUCACCAGCUGCCAUCCCAAGGACUCCUCGGCUUGCCAACGGGGUGGCAGCGCGGCUUGGAGGACACACCACUCAUACAGUGACUCAGCCUCUUCACCCUCAGCCCCGCCCCUCUACCUCACAACCCCCAGUCCCAGCUCCUACGGCAUCAACUCAUCAUACCAACACUUCUCCUCUCAUUGGUCGGAUCGUGUUCUCGAGGGAGCGGCCGUCCCCCUGUGCGGCAGGAGGGAAGAAGCCGCGAGUCUUGAGGCAGAAAUCGGACCAUGGAGCGUUUAGCCAAAGUCCUGCCAUGAAGAAACAGAUGGACCGCCAUCUUCCAUCCCCUCCAGCUCUUGAUGGUAUAAUAACUGAAUAUCUGCGGGAACAGCAUGCACGUUGCAAGAACCCAGUCACCACCUGCCCCCCCUUCAGUCUCUUCACUCCCCACCAGUGUCCUGAGCCAAAGCAGAGGCGCCAGGCCCCCACAAACUUCACUGCCCGUCACACACGCAGAGUUGUCUACCCCAAAUACGGAGGGGUUGAUGGAGGCUGCUUCGAUAGACAUCUCAUCUUCAGCAGGUUCAGGCCGAUCUCUGUGUUCAGAGAAGCCGAGGAGGAUGAGAGUGGCUUCAUGUGUUGUGCGUUCUCAGCACGGGAGCGCUUCCUCAUGCUGGGCACAUGCACAGGUCAGCUCAAGCUCUAUAACGUCUUCAGUGGACAGGAGGAGGCAAGCUACAGCUGCCACAGCUCUGCAAUCACACAUCUUGAACCUUCCAGGGACGGGUCUUUGCUGUUGACCUCUGCUUCAUGGAGUUAUCCUUUAUCAGCUCUGUGGGGCAUGAAAUCUGUCUUCAUAAUGAAGCAUUCCUUUUUAGAUGAUCAUUAUGUGGAGUUCAGUAAACUCUCACAGGACAGAGUAAUAGGAACGAAGGAACACAUCGCCCAUAUUUAUGACAUUCAAACUGGACAGAAGACUCUGACCUUGAACAACCCAGACCUGGCAAACAACUACAAGCGCAACUGUGCCACCUUCAAUCCCACAGAUGACCUUGUUCUGAAUGAUGGGGUCAUGUGGGAUGUGCGCUCGGCAAAAGCCAUCCACAAGUUUGACAAGUUCAACAUGAACAUCAGUGGGGUUUUCCAUCCUAAUGGCCUGGAGGUCAUCGUCAAUACAGAGAUUUGGGACUUGAGGACUUUCCACCUGCUGCACACGGUACCAGCACUGGAUCAAUGCAGGAUCGUGUUCAACAACAAUGGAACAGUCAUUUAUGGAGCAAUGCUUCAGGCUGAUGAUGAAGACGACAUGAUGGAGCAGCAGAUGAAGAGUCCCUUCGGUUCUUCUUUCAGGACCUUUGAUGCCACGGACUACAAACCCAUUGCCACCAUUGAUGUGAAGAGGAAUAUUUUUGACCUCUGUACAGACACCAAAGACUGCUAUCUGGCAGUUAUUGAAAACCAAGAUUCCAUAAAUAUGGACACGGUGUGUCGGCUUUAUGAAGUUGGUCGACAGAGACUUGCUGAGGAGGAGGAGGAUGAGGAAGAUCAGGAGGAUGAAGAUCAAGAAGAAGAGGACGAUGAAGAUGACUCUGAUGAUGACCUGGACGAUAUUGACACAGACCCCCUGCUGGCAGAGCUGGAGAAUGACAACAAUGGAGAGGAGGAAGAGGAUGGAGAUCAGGAUUUUUCUCCCUCUGAUGAUGAAGAGGUUGCCCGCCUGCUGGAAGAAGAAGGGGAUGACGAUGACGAUGAUGACGACGAUGAUGAUGAUGAUGACGACGAUGAUGACGAUGAUGAUGAUGACUCGGACGAUAAUGAUGGAGAUGUGGAUCUAGUGCUGGAUAACACAGAUAGCUCAGACAACUCUGAUCUGGAAGAUGACAUCAUCCUCUCCCUGAACGAGUGAACCAGUGAGAAAACGGAGAAAACAGGAAGCACAAUCUUACUCAUACCUCAAGAGGUGACCACCGCUGAGAGCGCGCGAGAGAAAAGACGACAAUUAAAUGUCUAAAACAAGAUGAUUUGAGAAGGUGAAAGUUAUUUGGGAUGGGAGUAGAGUGGGGUCCUCUCAAAUCAAGGGCCCCUAGGCUGUGGAGGCCCUCCCUGGGUUGGUGUUGGAGGGUCUUUUGAAAAUGCUAGAAAAAACAGAGAAUCACUGGGAAAAGGGUAAAGGAAGAUAUAGUUUCGUACAUGGAUUGAUGGUUUGGCUUGAUUUAAAGAAUGUGUGAUGGUUUCUAAGGAACUUAAGGAAUUUAGUUUUCAUGGAAUAGCUCUUUCUAAAGCUUCCCUUUUUGAAUGUAUCCCUUUUUUAAGAGAAGACACAUGCUGACUGAUGUUUUAAAAGGGGUUUGUACGUUUGUGUGAGAGAAAACAUUUAUCAUAUUGUCUCUUUUUCAAAGGGUGUGCCCAAGAAAAAAGGAAAAAAAAAAAAAAAAAAGCUGGUGGUGUGUGAUAGAGGUGUCUUAUGAUGUCCAGUCAUAGUUUUUGGAUUUUGCUGAACCCUGACUGGAUAUUAUAUUCAUGCAUGUGUGCGUCCUAGUCUGUUUCAGAGACAUUGAACUGCCAGCUCUUUAUGGUGUGUCUACAUGCUUCCAUCUCCCCUUAAGCAUCACAUUUUUGCUGUUAAAAUACUUUUGGGUUUCAGGGCCGCCUGCCCUUAACCGCAAAUGCGUUUCGGUUGGUUUCCCUUUAAGUUUGCUCAGUUAGAAGCAGUUAGCGCUUAUGUUUAGUUCUAUAAGGGUAUCUUAUGAGUUGUGCCUCCACUUCUGUGUACUUAACAGUUAUGGGCAUCUUCAAGCUAAGUUGCUAUAUUGCACGGUGCCUUCUGCACCCAUGGUCCUAUACCAGCAUUUCAUUGCCUUAGUUUUUUUUUUUUUUUUUUUUUUUUUUUCCCCCUCCAUGAGAUUUUAGAUGAUUUGCUCAUAUCCUCCCAAAUGUAAAGGUCUGUUGGACUUUGUACAGUAUGUAUGGAUCAAAGUAUUUUUACUAUAAACUCCAUUAAAAUGA